AACAAGCAGUCACAGACAACCCAUUAGGAAUCCAAAACUCAUGACUAUCAUGAGACUCAAGAUCCAGAAUGGAAAAAAAAAAUUUUUUUUUUUAAGAUUAACAGCCAGAGAAGCCGUCUUCACAUACACACAGUCCGUCAGUCAGCAGGGAGGACUGCGCCUCAAGGAAGGUGUCCUGUGCUCUGAGACACAAUGCCCCGAGAAGAAGUUCACUUCGGUUAUCCCAGGAAGGGGCACAGCCACUCUUACGUCACCGCCGAAGAGGCCGCAGGGAUUGGUAUCCUGGUUGUAGCCCUGGGGAUUGCUCUGCUAAUCGGCUGCUGGUAUUGCAGAAGACGAAGUGGAUACAGAACCUUGACGGACAAAAGGCGUCAUGCUGGUACUCAAAAUACCUCCAGGGAAAGAUGCUUAUGUGAGAGUCUUGAUCACCAAGACAGCCGACUGUCUUCUCAAGAAAAAAACCACCAACCUGUGGUUCCCAACGCUCCACCUGCCUAUGAGAAGCUCUCGUCAGACCACUCGCCACCACCAUAUUCACCCUGAGAGCCGAGAAGCUGCUAAGAAUUCUGAAAGUUUCCUUCACGCUUUCGCUUUAAGGCUGAGCAGAUGCCCGUGUUUUGCUUUAGGAUGCUAUAGAAUGUACAGCUAUACUAACAGGCCAGGGUUAAAUUCUUGCACGGCAAGCAGAAGGGUGGCGAGGAAUGGUGAGAAGUAUUAACCUUGGAAAAGCGUCAAUAAACAUCUCAACGUA